UUCAAAAGCAGAUAACAACCUUUACACAUCAUUUUGGUGAAAUACAUUUAUAGUUUAGGUAUAAAUAUGUUAUAGCAAGAAAAAAAUUUAUAUAUACACCAACCAAGCAUAACAUUAUUUCCACCUGCCUAAUAUUGUGUUGGUCCCCCUUUUGCUGCCAAAACAGCCCUGACCCAUCAUGCACUGUGUAUCCUGACACCUUUCUAUCAGAACCAGCAAUUAUUAACUUAACUUCUAUUAACUUCUUCAGCAAUUUGAGCAACAGUAGCUCGUCUGUUGGAUCAGAGCACACAGACCAGCCUUCGCUCUUCACGUGCAUCAAUGAGCCGUGACCGCCCAUGCCCCUGUCGCCGGUUCACCACUGUUCCUUCCUUGGACCACUUUUGAUAGAUACUGACCACUGCAGACCGGGAACACCCCACAAGUGCUGCAGUUUUGGAGAUGCUCUGUGGUCUAGAACUCAAAUCCUUACACUUGUCCAUUUUUCCUGCUUCUAACACAUCAACUUUGAGGACAAAAUGUUCACUUGCCGCCUAAUAUAUCCCACCCACUAACAGGUGCCAUGAUGAGGAGAUCAUCAGUGUUAUUCACUUCACCUCUCACCGCCUGAUCGGUGUAUAUAUACAUAUACAUACCGGUACAUACUUAUACCUCAGAUGCCUGUACUGACAUUAUCAUAAUAAAAAAAAAAAUCAUGCGCUCUUUGUUCAUUUCUGACAGUCUUAAUAUCCUGGAAGCAUAAAUAUAUUAAGUAAUUAAUAAAUUAAUAAAUAUGUAAAUUUACAGUUUUUUGUCUCUCUCUGCUGUACAGACUCUUUAUCUUCCUAAAACCUCCAAAGGACUAAGGAAAAAUGCCCUUUCUCUCCCAGCAGGAGUGUUACAUUGAAUGCAAAUCACCAUGAGUAAUACAAUAACCAUGAGCUCCCUCCUCCGUAAGGAUUUGCAGCUCCCAUUAAACGUGAAGAGCAGAGUGUAAAUAUAUAUAAAGCCUAGAUGAGUAUACAUUAUUUCUUUUUCUUUUAGUUAAUGUCCAUCUUUGCCCCAUAUCUGGCUUAAAUUGUGUGUGUUUGGAGUGUGUUCAAUGUUCUUCCUCAGCUUUUUAAGCACACUCAACUUUUCACAAGUGCAUAUGCUAUAAAUUCCACAUUCAAUUCUAGAUAUGGAAAGUGAGAGAUUAAUUGUGAUCACAAAUCAUUAUUUAUACUCAUUGUCAAGGUUGCAUGUAAUGAAUUUUGCUGUAGAGGUGUGUUAGAAGUAGAAGAACAAUCACACACCCUUGUGUGCCAAAAAUAUUUUUGCGCGUAUAUAUUAAUAUUUAAAAGACACUAUUCCAUUGCAAAUUCAAUUUAAAAAAAAAAAAAAGGAAAAAUAAGUAAGUGAAAGUAAGAUGAUUGGCUGCAGUGAGUCUCAGCCUCAAUCAGUUCAUAUCCGGCAGUUAUGAAGCCCAGUGGAGCUGCAGGAGGCGCAGUGUGUGGCGCAUUGAGUUUAGAAAAGCACCUCCUGCGCGCGCACUCACACACACACACACACACACUCAGGGGAGGGAGGACAGUUUUUUUUCUCCUCUAAACCCUAACAGUGUGGACAGAGUGUAGAAUGAGAUAACAGGGCUGCAGGAAGCCCCCGAGAUUCGUGUCACCGGGACAGUGGGAUGAGUGAGUGUGAGUGGAUUUGGACUCUGGGUUUGAUGCAGCAUUUCGAAGAAACUUCACCUGCCAGGUCUCGUUUCGAGUUUGGCAUUUUUAAUAACUCCUGUAUUGUCGGGCAGGAAGGAGUCUGAAACUUCCCUCGCGCGGAUAUUUUCUAAAUUUAAAGAAAAUCUAAUCUAAAAAGCGCACGAUGGAAGUUUGUAAAGGGAGACUGCUGGGGAUCUCUGUGGCGGUCGCGCACGGCGUUUUCUCCGGAUCGCUCAACAUCCUGCUGAAGUUCCUCAUCACCACGUACCACUUCACGUACCUGACCCUCAUCCAGUUCCUGACCAGCUUCACGGCGGUGAUUACGCUGGAGGUCCUGCGACGGACCGGUGUCGUGAACAUCCCGCCGCCGAGCGCGCGCCUGGCCCGCGUGUUCGCUGGUGUGUGCGCGCUCUCCACGCUGCAGUCCACGCUGACGCUGUGGUCACUGCGCGGCCUCAGCCUGCCCAUGUACGUGGUGUUUAAGCGCUGCCUGCCGCUCGUCACACUCGCUGUCGGGGUGUGUGUCCUGCGGGACGGAGCGCCUUCAGUCGGGGUCACCGUUGCGGUGCUUAUAACCACCGGCGGAGCGGCUCUCGCGGGUGCAGGAGACCUCACAGGCGACCCCUUUGGCUAUGUGACAGGCAUUUUAGCUGUCAUUAUCCACGCCUCAUACCUGGUACUCAUCCAGAAGACGAGUGUGGACAGCGAGUACGGCCCGCUGACUGCUCAAUAUACUAUCGCCUUGGUGGCCUCGCCCGUGCUGCUUGUCUGCUCCCUCGUGAGCAUGGACGCCAUCGACAUGUGGACCUACGAGGGCUGGAAUAAUCCGUUCAUCACGGGAAUCUUCUGCGUCUGUGUCGUGAUUGGCUGCGCUAUGAACUUCACCACGCUACACUGCACGUACAUUAACUCGGCAGUGACCACCAGCUUUGUGGGGGUGGUAAAGAGCAUCGCUACCAUCACUGUGGGCAUGCUGGCCUUCAGCGACGUCGAGCCCACCAACCUGUUCAUAGCCGGCGUGGUGGUGAACACGGUCGGCUCCAUCACAUACUGCAUAGUGAAGUACUACGAGACCAAGAAGAAGCUCAGCUACCAGGACAUGGACAAGGCCGUGAAAGACGAGGAACCACCCGGAGAGCCGUAUGUGGAACCUCCUCCCAAACCUGAUGGAGAUGUGGAGAGUUUUCCGAAUGGCAGCCUGACUGAAUCGUUGGAGGACAGUGGCCUGGGUCAUGUGUGUGACAAUAAAGUUGCAGAGUCUAUAGAAUUACAAACAUCAGCACUGGCACCAGAGAGCGAACCUGAAAACCAGAAUUUAAGUAACAAUUUUGUGGGCGUGUGGAGAUCAGUGCGCACCUUAAAGUUCCUUAAGAAAGACACUUUACUGGACAACAUGGAGGUGCAAAGUCCUUGAUGAAGGUUAAAAGAUAUGCAUGCUGUUAAAAGAUGAAGUUAAAAGAUUCUCACAGACUGACCUUGUGAGCAAGAGGAAUGUUGCCUUUUAUUACUCACUCUCUUAAACCUGGAUUUAUGGAAAGCUAGUAUUUUUUUUAAAGAAAAAAACACAUUAUGAUUUGUUUGUAUGUGGGCAGAAAUCAUCAUGGUUUUAAGAAUGGGAGUUUCACGAUGAUCAGUUAUUUCAGUGUCUUAUAAGGCAUUAAAGUCUUCAAAAAAUGAAGUUCACACAGUUUUAUGUAUGGUUUACCUAAGAUGGUUUAAAUUAGAUGUAGUUGAUCAGCCAGGAUGUGUUUGGUGUGUGAAGUUUUUUUUUUUUUUUUAAGUUUUGGCAAAUGUACCUAAGAAGCAAUGGCUAAAAUAGGUGACUUCCUGUAAUCUAUAAACAUGAACAAUCUGCACAAUGUAACUGAAAGCGGUUACAGGAAGGCGGCCAUCUUGGAAAACCGCAAAUCACUGAACACGGUUUAGGAACACUUUUAGAAAGCGUAAUUCAACUAAUACUUUACAGUUUACUGAAACCUUAAUAGUCAUAGAUUUUCUAAACAGUGCAGUAGUUGUAUAUUCCAGACCAGACAUAUUCAAACUUUUUCCCCUUCUCAUUUUCCCCAUGAUCACCAUCUUACAAUCACAAACAUAAUAAUAAAAUUGUAGGAUAUACACUAAAAACAGGCCAUUUUGACCAUUUUUGACCAAAAGAUUUAAACAUUAUUGAUUUAAAAGUGGGCACUGCAUCAGUGCAUCCAGGCCAAAGACAUUAUAAGGAGAAGAAGGCGGGGCUUUCAGAGAGAAUCAGAUAUUGUCAACACCUCUAAGGCUGAAUUUAUGUUAUGAAGGGUUCAUAACACCUCUACUUCUGUUUUUAUUCUCGUUUGGUGUUUGGCAUAUUUUCCAACUUACUCUAAUGUUAAAAUGUGGUCAGCAGGUAUAGUAUAGUGUUUUAAAUGAUUUUAUUUAUUUCAAUUUUGGGGGGUAUUUUCCAUCUCACCCUCUGUUCUAGACACAUUUUUGAAACUUUUCAUAUUUUGUUAGAUUUUUCUUCAUUUGAUAAAGCAAUAUCUUAUUGAUAGAAAUUGAUAAAAUGCUAUUUUCACAUUUCCAGUAAUGCAAUAAUGAAUUGUUUUGAUUUCUAAAUCAGACAUAAAAAUGAAAACAUUAUUUUAAUACAGAGCAGAGAUCUAAUUAAUAUGACUUAUAAUGAUAAUAGUAAUACAAAUAUUUUUUUUUUCUUUGGUUAUGUCAACCAAGAAUUGUUUAUUUUUGCUUUGGCAUCAUUUCAGGAUCCCAAAAUCCGAAUGAGGAAUUGAAGCAGAAAGUAAUGCAGAUGAUUAUAUAGUUCUAUGUUGAACCUAUAUUUGUAAAUACAUUCUGUUUUUUAACAAAAUCAUUUAAAAAAAACAGUUAUAUAUUUGUGACAGUAAAGAUCAGACAUGGAUUUGUUGAAAAGAAGUUAUAUAGGGUUUACAGUGUUUGUUAGGAACAGUAGAAUUAUACUGUCACUUCACGCCAAAUGUUCCUGGGAUUGACUCCGGAUCAGGAAAAGGUUCUCACUAAACAUGGAAAUCAACCUUCACACAUCAAAUGCAUCACAGGUCUUGGCUCACUGAUUACAUUUAAAGGGUGUAGAUGUGUAAAUGUACUGAAUUUCUUUGUUAAAUUUUUAGUUUUUCCUCAAACCAUUAUUUUAAUGAGAGAAACAAUCAGAUCUUAUGAAUCUAAUUUCUUAUCUAGUUUAUUUUUAACAUUUGUUUUUGUUGUUGUUGUAUUUCCUGCACGCAUCAUCCGUCCCGGUCUGGGUUGUGUUCGAGCUGAGAAAAUGCGAAAAGAAGCGAUGAUCAUUAUUUGCAUGUGUUGUGUAACAGUAAUGUUAAACAAGUUUUAUAUGGAACACUUGAAAUGCUCGUGUUAUCGUUAACGAUCGAGUGUUUAUCGGAGAUCCCUGCCGGCUGUCCUGCUCAUGCUGUCAUUGACGAAUAGUUCUGAUUUACGCACAGAUGACUCUGAUACGGGUCACUGAACUUGAAAACAAUCUGGAUUGACUCUAAAAGAUCCGCUUGGGGGCAAGAAGACAUCCCCUUAUCCUUAAUGUUGAAGUCAGCAUCAUUAGAGAAUGAAUUACCUCAGUCCAUGUAGUUGAGGGGGGUCCGAGUCGAGACACGCCGGGAUGCGACCACCUCCUGGGACCGUGAGCACUGCGAUUCUUUUACUAUCUCUGACUCAUACGAGUAUGUUCUGUGUAAAGGGAUGUCUUUGUGAUUAAAGGAGCGCAUAUAUGAAUGUGAAAGCUUCCCAGACUUUUUUAACACUUGACGGACCACAGAUGGUUUUAUUCAUUUCCUUUUAAAAUACAGCAUAAUUAAUGAAUUUUGAAUUUUUGGUGUAGUUCCUUGGAUAACAAGGGUUGAGGUUUAAAAAUGUACACAAGCACAAGGGGUACAGUUUUCCUCUUAUCUAAGACUCAUAUGCAGAGUGAAUGUUGAUCUUCUCGGUGCACUCACAAGUGAUUAUAAGACAACAAACCAAACACAGAAGGGCGAAGAAGUAAGUAGUGGAUGCUCAGUGUUUAUCGUUCUGGAUUAACAGAAUAAUCCAGCAAUUUUCAGCUUCAUCUGAAUGCACUAUAGCUGUAUGUAUGAGUAAUUACCACAGAAAAUAAUUUCAAUAGUUCCUAGUCCUGAGAAAAUGAAUCAUAUUCAAAACUCACUUAUAACUGAAGUCUAAGGGCAAGGGCUGAACUGAGUCAGUAAAAGAAAAUGAUUGCAUUAUCAUUACCUUUUGUAUCAUUUCCCCUAAACAUGAUGAAUAUGUGGUUAUGUGCUACAAGUGUUACUGCUUGUUUGGAGUUUCCUUUGUCUCCAGUUUCCUCCCAACUCUCAAAAACAUGCUAGUGCUGCAUGAAGUGGACUGGCUACUUUAUAUUGGUUAUAUGUGUGUGAAUGUGUGUGCAUGAUGCCCUGCAACAUGAGACUGAGAUCUCAUGUUCCUGCUUCACAUCCGGUGUUCCUGGGAUUCAGGAUAAGCUCCCAUAUAGAGUGACCCUGAUUAGGAUAAAGCAAUUUCUUCAAAGGUAUAUGGAAAUUAAGCCCUACUACUAUAAAAAUUUGUCCUCAGAAAUGGGACUACUUCGUCCUCACGUAAUUUGCAGUUAUGUGUUACUAACACUAACAGCAGUUAUGUUUCUGGGAAAGUAAAUAAUAACUUUUUGAUCGUGUUGGAAACCAUCUCUUACUUCUUUACUUCUUUACUUCUUUACUACU